AUGGCCUCCCCCCAGCCCGCGCCGCGGCCGCCUCCCGCCCUGCCCCGCCCCCCUCCCUCCUCCUCCUCCUCCUCCGCUACCGGAUACUCGCUCCUCUCUGGCCGCAUCCCCGCGCCGCUGCAGCGCCUAUUCGACGCCUUCCCCCUAGCCACCUACCCGCCCAAUGACCUGCCGGCCCGCUGUCCGCUCCCCGCCGAGAGGGACCUGCCCACCCUCCAUGUCUUCAUCUCGGACGAGGACGCCGCCAGGGGCCGCCCGAGCUUCAACCCCACGUGCCUAAAGUGGCAGACCUUCCUGAAGAUCGCCGGCGUCGACCUCCGCCUCGUGUCCUCGACCAACCACGCCUCACCAAGCGGCGCGCUCCCCUUCCUCCUGCCGCCCAUCGUCGCCGCCGCCGACCCCCCGGUCUCCUCCAAGUCCCCACCCCCCACGUCCCCGAACCCGGCCCCCAUCCCGGCCCACAAGCUGCAGGCAUACGCGCGCGCGCACGGCACCACCACCACCACCACCACCACCACCACGGCACCGCCGCCACCCGGCCAGCAAGCAGCCGCCGCCGCCGAGCCGGCCUACGCAGCGCUGCUGGACCACGCCGUCCGCCGCGCCUGGCUGCACGCCCUGUACGUCAGCCCGGCCAACGCGCCGCUCGCGGCCCGCCUGUACCUCGCCCCGGCCAGCCGUCACCCCCUCGUGCGCUCCGCCCUGCGCGCCAAGCUGCGCGCCGCCGCCGCCGCCGAGCUCGCCUCGACCCGCAACGGCGUCGACCCGCCCCCCGAGGCCGAGCUGUACGCCGACGCCCGCGCCGCCCUCGCCGCCCUGGCCCAGCAGCUGCUGCCGCCGGAAACGGAAACGGAGGUGGAGGAGGAGGGGUCCCGUACACCGUCGUCGGGCUGGUUCUUUGGCGCCGCCGCCCCCGGCAUGUUCGACGCCGCCGUCUUCGCCUACACCCACCUCCUCCUCCCCGGCUCCGGGCUCGAGUGGGUGGACCGCCGGCUGCCCGAGGCCGUCGAGGCAUUCCCGGCCCUCGUCGCCCACCGGGCCCGCAUGCUGGCCCGCCUUUGGGACGAGGAAGGGGCUGCGGGCGAGUGGGAGAAGGUUUAG